AUGUUGAUUGUACGCUCUUCGCUGUUCCAGCUCGGUUGCCGAAGCGCCCACAGGGCCGGUAUUCGCCGCCAGAGCACGUCGCCCCUACAGAGAUACGACCACCUGGUGGCUCAGCACAGAUUGAAGGACGACCCGUACCAGCGGGGAAUCCUGAGCAGCUUGGAGGGGUUAUACUCCGAGCUUGUCCGUUACCGGCCCCCAAAAGUGGACGAGCCGGACAUCAGAGACCUGACUCCCACGACAGGGCUGUCGAAGGUAUUUGGGUCGAUUUUCAGGAAGAGAAAGGCGGCCCCCGAGGAAGCUGUCUCUGUGCCUAACGGUAUCUAUCUCUACGGAGACGUUGGAUGCGGGAAAACCAUGCUGAUGGACCUUUUUUACCAAACUGUCCCUGAGCAUCUCACCAAGCGCAGAGUACACUUCCACCAGUUCAUGCAAAACCUGCACAAACGCUCGCACGAGCUCAAGAUGAAACAUGGGGGCAAGCAGGACAUCGACGUGAUUCCGCUGCUGGCGUGGGAGUUGGCGCAGAAAUCGACUGUGCUGUGUUUCGACGAGUUCCAGGUCACCGACGUUGCGGACGCGAUGCUGCUGAGACGGCUGCUGAACCUGGUUCUGCGGCCGGACCACGGCCUUAUUCUGUUUGCAACGUCCAACAGGGCCCCCGACGACCUGUACAUCAACGGAAUCCAGCGCGAGUCGUUCAUUCCCUGCAUCCAGCUGAUCAAAAGAACCACCAAGGUCAUCUAUCUAAACUCGCCAACAGACUACAGGAAAAUUCCCAAACCUCUGUCCUCUGUGUACUACUUCCCUAAACCAGGCAUCCGUUUCGACUCCAAGGCGUCGCGAAGACAGCAAAAGGAGCAUAUCGACACCUGGUACCGCUUCUUUGCGCAGGGAGUUCCGCCAAGGGACAACGUGCCGCUGCGGAUCUGGGGCCGCGACCUUGUUGUGCCGCUCAGCUCGCCGCCCAACGUUGCCAUGUUCACCUUCGACCAGCUCUGUGGCCAGCCGCUUGCUGCCGGCGACUACCUGACGCUGGCCUCGUCCUACAAAGCGUUCAUUGUCACCGAUAUCCCGUAUCUGAGCGUCAACGUGCGCGAUCGAGUGCGAAGAUUUAUUACGUUUUUGGACGCCGUCUACGACAGCCACGGGUGUCUCGCCGUCACGGCGGCUGCUCCGUUCACGGACAUUUUUGUGGAGCCCGAGGACAUCGGCGACGGCGACUACUCGCUGUCGCGCACCACGUCGGAGGAGGUGGAGGACGCUCUGGAAAACGACGAUUUGGUGAAAAACCACGGCUUCGACAAGAAAGUGGCCAAGAAGGCGGCCAUGUUCGGCACGCUGGAUGAGGAACGCUUUGCGUUUGCCAGAGCGCUCAGCAGACUGAGCCAAAUGAGCACCCAGCACUGGAUCGACGAUAGAUUUUCCUAG